ACACAGAAGCAGCUCUAGACUGAAACAAGCCAAAGAAGAGCCUUGACUCCACAGAGGAACAUCACCAGAGACAUCAUGAGGACUGUGACUCUACUGUUCGCCUGUGCUCUGCUCUCCGUCUGCUGGUCCAUGGGAGCUAUUGAGCCUGAGGUUGUAGUGGACACAGCGGCCGACCCUGCAGCAGAUGCAGCUCCUGCCGACACUGCCUCCUCCUCUGCAUCAUCCUCUGCAUCCGACUCCUCUGCAUCCGACUCCUCAGCAUCCGACUCCUCAGCAUCCGACUCCUCUGCAUCCGACUCCUCUGCAUCCGACUCUUCUGCAUCCGACUCUUCAGCCUCGUCUUCCUCCGAAUCCGCAGAGUCCUCACAGUCCUCAGAGUCCUCAGAAUCCUCACAGUCCUCAGAGUCUUCAGAGUCCCAAUCCUCAGAAUCAUCUGAAUCCACAGAAUCUUCUUCACAAUCAGCUUCAUCUGCCUCUGACUCAUCCUCAGCAUCUGCAUCAAUCAGCACUGAAGCUCCUCAUGUGGUAAUGAAGAGGGACCUGGCUGCUGUACUGCUCAGGAGAAGAAGAGCCGCCGGACCCCUCACUCCACUCCAGCUGGAGAGCCUGAGAGAGGUGUGUGAGCUGAACGAGGCCUGUGACGACAUGGCCGACACUGCUGGGAUCGUGGCUGCAUACACGGCGUACUAUGGACCUGUGCCCUUCUGAGCAGACCCUCUCCUCAAACACAUGACUUUAAACUAGUGCCGCGGCCUCCCUGGAUGCAGACAGCUUACUCAUUGUACAUUUAAACUCUUUCUCAGAUCAACAGAAGUGAUUUAUCCAAAGGCCUUGUAUGUAAAGUGUAGGAGGCACAUGGACUCACAGCCUGUGAAUAACUUUGAAAGCCCACUUGAGUUUAGGUUAUUACUAAGCGUUAACAAAAACAAAUGGUGCUACAAGUGCAAUUAUAAUGUAAGAGAAUGUAUUUUAUAUGGUGCUUAUUAUUUACACGGUGCUUUUGUCUUUACAAAUAGAACAUUUAGUUAUAUUGUUAGGGGCAGAUUUUCUAACCAAGGAAAUAGCGUUAUGUGUAUUUUCACAUGUUGAUUAAUGAUAUGUUAUGAAAAUAAUAAAUUAUUUCUUUAUUAAAACAA